AUGUCAGCCGUCAUGCGACCGCCACACCAAUUUGACGUUUGAGUCCGUUGGGUGGAGGCAAACUUCACUAUUUUUGAUUAAUUUGAUUGUAUGUGUCAAUAUUCUUUAUUCUCAAUAAUUAUAAGAUACGAACAAGAUGUCUACCUGGAAUCCAGAUGAUGUUGAUUCUGAUGAAGAAACAUUGGAUACUAUAGGGCAUACUUGGGGCCUCAGAGAUGGUGUGAUUUAUCUAAUUGAGAUCUCUGAAAAGAUGCUUGAGGAAUCAGAGGGUGAAAGUUCACAUUUUCGUACAUGUAUAGAUUGUUGUCUCACAACUAUGAUGAAUAGAAUUAUUAGCUCUCCAAGAGACCAAGUUGCUAUAGUUUUAUAUGGAACACGGAAAAGUCCAAUGCCAAUAGGAUCUCAUAAUUUCAACCCUGCUUCUAUUCCCGUAAAUACGUCAGUUUACAUGGUUCUGCAAGAACCCAGUGCAGAAAAUAUAAAAUGGCUUCAAGGAGUUAAAGAAAGUCCUGAUUUGAAGAACUUUCAAGAAGAAUAUGGAGUUUCUAGGGAUUUUGCAAUUGGGGAUGCUUUAGAAGCAUGCACUUACUUGUUUCGAACUAGUGAAGUCAAACUCGAAACAUCUACAAUUAUUUUAUUUACAGUUAAUGACAAUCCACAUCCUAAUAAUGAGCAUAAGAAACAACAGGCAAUUCGUAGAGCCCUUGAUUUAUCAACUUUGAGAAUAGAUCUUGAUGUCAUACCUUUGUCAAAUGAAUUCAAUUGUGAUCAUUUUUACAAAGAACUGAUAUGCACUGCCAUGCAGCUAGAUCCACUUUGCUUUAGAAUGCCAGAACCUCAAACAACAUUAGAACGCUUACUCACAAGGGUUAUAAAAAGAGAUCAUCGACAUAAGUGUAUUGUGAGAGUAAAAUGGUUUUUGGGAGAAGAUCUUGCGCUAACUGUUGGUGUUUAUAAUAUAUGCAGACCUACUCAGCAGCCAAGGAAGAUACAUCUAGAAAGAGAUACUAAUGAGGUAGUAACUGCUGUACAACGUUACCAUCAUGUCACAUUCAAUGAGUUUAAUGAAAAAGUAAUUGGAGAACCAGUGCCUGCAAACAAUCUUAGACUGUCACAGUCUUUUGGAGGUGCUGACAUUUUAUUUCUUCCUGAGGAAGUUAAAGCAAUAAAAAGAAUAACUGACCCUGGUUUAAAAUUACUUGGUUUCAAACCCAUUUCUACUCUUCCUCUAGAAUAUUUUUUGAAGUCAUCAUCAUUUAUAUACCCAAUUGAUGAUAUUUUAGAAGGUUCAGGAAAAUUAUUUACAGCUUUAUUAGAUAGAUGUGCUGCAAGAAAAGUAAUGGCUAUUUGCACAUUUACUCCGAAACGUAAUAUGAGUGUUUGUUUUGUUGCUUUAAUUCCGCAAUUAGAAGAAGUUGGCCAAUACGAAUUGCAGUUAAAACCACCAGGUUUUCACCUGGUGUACUUACCUUCUGCAGAAAAUUUCAGAAGCCUCAACUUAGAUGGUGAAGGUAGACCAGUGCAUGUAUCUGACUAUGAGAAGGAUAUCAUGAGCAAAAUCAUCAAUAAAUUAAAAUUCAAAUAUGAUCCUUUAAAUAUUGAAAAUCCAAAACUACAAACCUUGUAUUCACACAUUGAAGCUCUUGCCUUAGAUCUUGAACAACCGAGAAAUAUUGAAGAUAGUACUCUGCCAGACUUGGAAAUUCAAAAACGUUUGCUUGACAAUUUAUCUGAAGAUUUCAAGCAAACAUUUGGAGAUGAUGAACCACCUAGGAAUAGCAGAAAACGACCUUAUACUAAUGCAGAUUCUUCCAGCUCAACUAGCAAAUCAUCUAUCGACGGAAAUGACAUUUCUCAGUUGCAACAGGCUAUUUCAGAUGGGCAGGCUAACAAGUUAACUAUCUCCCAGUUGAAGGAAUUUCUUAAGCAUAAAGGUGUUCGCGGCAUUACUGGCAAAAAUAAAUCAGCUUUGAUAGAAAUGGCUAAUGAACAUAGAUGA